AUGGUGACUUCUUGGAUUCUUAAUUCACUAUCAAAGGAGAUAGCAGAUAGUGUAGAAUAUGCUAAUGAUGCAGUUGAACUAUGGAGAGAACUAGAAGAUCAUUAUGAACAGACUAAUGGUGCAAGAUUGUACCAAAUUCAGAAGGAGAUCAAUGAUUUAUCCCAGGGUACUUUGGAUAUCACUACCUACUAUACUCAGCUGAAGAAGCUUUGGGAAGAACUAAGCACCUUCAGUGCAAAGACACAAUGCAGCUGUCAAUGCACUUGUCGUGCCAAGGAGAAUAUGCACAAAGCAGAACAGGACAGGAGAUUGAUUCAAUUCCUUAUGGGAUUGAAUGAGGUUUAUACAGAAGUAAGGGGUAACAUUCUCAUGAUGAAUCCACUGCCUUCAAUGGCACAAGCCUUUUCACUGCUCAUUCAAGAUGAAAAGCAACGAGAGAUGAAACCUACAAAUCAUUUGUCUGCAGGAUCUGUUUCCCUUCAUGUCAACACUUCAGGAAAUGCCAAUAAUUUUGGAAACAAUAACUUCGUAACCAAUUAUGCCCCCAAUGCUAACUUUCCAAACACUAACAGAACUAUACCAUUCUGUGAUUACUGCAAACGCCUAGGUCAUACUAAGGACAAAUACUUCAAGCUUCAUGGUUAUCCUCAGGGCCACAGUUAG